UUUGACAUAUUUUACAAUAGGGCCGAGUCGGUCGGAUCGUCAGCUUUUAUUCCCAAUAAAAUAAAUAGAAUCAAAAUGAAUACAAGGUCCAGUGUUUUCAAAAGCGCGCUGUACCAGAAAAGCUCAAGCUUGCGGGACACGUCCGAUGACCCAUACUCUUUGAGUUAUUUCGAAGCGGCUUUAUUUGGCGGAGUACUCGAAGAUAUUAUCAAAGAAUAUCGUAUUUUCAUGUUGUGCAGCAACGAAUGGCGGGUGGCGCAAGCGGAAACAAACUUGACGCACCUGCGCGCGCUGAAAUACAAAGUGGAGCAGCCCGUCGUGACUGAUGAUCUGGCGAACAUUGACCACUCCAAGCUAGACUGCAUGGAGUACAAGCUGAAGAAGAUGUUUGCUGACAGGUACUUCAUCCAUGGUGCUUUAGAAGAUACAUACAAGAGCCUCUGCGUCAAUAUGAACUACGAGCCGUUGGCAAACUAUGUGUUGAAGAUGAAGGAUGAAAAGGCGCGUCGCAUGUGCUUGAUAGAAGAAGAAGCGAAUAAUAAAUUGUUGAAAAGAGAACUGAUCCGCCAAUGUCGACAGCAGCGUAUCCACACCAAGGCGGCCACCUACGACGCCGAUUGCGCUAUAGCAGCGCUAUCAACUAAGGUUGAAGAUGCAGUUCUAAACGCCGAAAUCCGCACCCGAUACGUGGAGAACUGGCAGCGCGCGCGCACCGAACAGAACCACCAACAGAUCAAAGACAAGGAGAAAAUGAAGGAGGAUGUCAUAGAGAUUUACAAGCUGCGGUUCGACCAGGAACAACGAAUCCACGCUGAGAUCGAGAUGCUCACCACUAUUGACACCAAUGAUACAUUGAACAAGGUUGAAUCUUGGAUGGAUAAGUACGACACAGACAUGGAGGCGAUAGACCUCAAAAUUCAAAUAAUGAAGAAUAACUAUGUCGUCCAGACCGAACAGCGAGAGGAAUUCGAGAGAACGAUUGAGGAGCAUGAUGUUGCAAUGAAAAAUUGGAUUAAGUUUAAAGAAGAUCGUGAGAACGCACGAUUGUAUAGAGAGAAAAUGACCAAGGCUGCAAUCGUUGUUCAAGCCUGGUGGCGUGGGUUGCUCGUACGUAAUCAACUCGGUCCGUAUAAACCACCUCCUAAGAAGAGGGGAGGUGGUAAGAAGAAGACUUAUAAUAUGCAACGUACACGAGUUUUAAGUGUUGUAGAAGAUACGUGGGGUACUGGGACCAUUUUUACUGAUGAACCGGAGGAAGCGAAAAAAAGCGAACAUAGGUUAAAGAUGAAGAGCAGAGCGGAAUUAAGUUCUAAACAUCUGGAUGUCGGUAAAGGGUCACCUUCUGUACCUUUAGCUGUAGUCGAUAGCCAUGAGCCUUUAGAUGAUGAUCAUUCGGAGGCAAAACGCUUGUCUUACCUUGAAUCUUCAAUGUUAGCAUCUGUUUUGGAAGACAUUAUCACCCAAAUGCGCAUUUUAGGAGCUGUCAAUAAUGAGUUACAUAUUCACAAGACUAUGUCUGACAUGGGCUUACUGAGAGCAUUGAAAUAUGGCGUAGAGCAGCCUAAAGUUUCUGAUGAAUUGGACGGUAUAGAUCAACGCAAUCUUGGUUGCAUGAAAUAUAAACUGGAUAAACUUGAUGCUGACCGAAAAUACAUUCUUAAGGUUAUGGUAGAUUUAUAUGCAGAUCUAGUGCUUCGUAAACGAGUGGAUUUUCUUAAGGAAUGUGUGAACGUUAUAUUAAACCGCAAUGCCCAUUUUAAGUUCUUGCUGGAGGAUGAAGCGAGGAAUAGAAUAAUUCGUCGAGACUUAAAUAAACAAUUGAGACAACAGCGUAACCACAUAAAGUCCGUGAUCUAUGAUACGGACGCCCAUAUUGAGGAUUUGAGCUCUCAAGUUGAAGAUGCUGUGCUUAACUCGGAAUGUCGCAGUAGAUAUGUAGACAACUGGCAGCGUGCACGUACUGAGCAACAUAUACAGACUAUUAAAGAUUGGGAAUACUCACCAACUACGACCAUCGAGUAUUACAAGCGGAGAUAUGAUCACGAACAAAGAGUGCAUGCAGAAGUCGAACUGCUUGUCAACAUUAUGAUUAAUGAAACUCUUGCCAAGGUCGAAAAUUGGAUGGAUAAAUAUGACAAAGACAUGGAGAAUAUUGAUCUGAGGAUACAAAUUAAGAAAAAUGAUUAUCAAAAUGAACUUGACAGAAGAAUCGAACUAGAAGAAACGAUCGAGUUACACGACAAAAUGAUGAAAGACUGGAUACAUUUCAAAGAUGAACGCGAGAAGGCACGUUUGUAUAGAGAGAAAAUGACAAACGCGGCGAUCUGCGUACAGGCAUGGUGGCGUGGCCUGUUAGUGCGCUUGCAAUUAGGACCGUACAAACCGCCUAAGAAGAAGGGAGGUGGAGGCAAGAAGAAGUGAUUUAAUGACA